AUGUUCGGGGGAAGCCGAGAGCAGGUGCGUUCAGAUACGUACUCCAACGUUCAAGUUGCCAAAGUUUGGGUCGAUGAGGGAUCUAAAUCCAGGCCACAGUCACUCGAAGAUACAGAAACACCGGUGGAGAAUUCAGUGUGCGCAGAGAAUGUGAUUCCGAGCCCAGCAACUUCGGAGAACAGCGAGAAGCAGGGGUGCUUGGCACAACGAGGUCCUUCUUGGGGAGACUUGGCUGAAGAGAUACAUCAUAUCCGUCGCGUGGUAGAUUCAAGUCCAGGCGAGAUUGAGCUGGACAAAUCGCCAGCACUCGACUCUAGCCAGGCAAUUUCGGCUACAAACUGCAUGAGAGUGUUGGGUCUUUGCAGUUUAAACAGCCGGUCGUCAAUCCCGCAAGAUAUACCCAUAAGUCCUGUUGCUAUCUUUCGCGACAAGGUGGCCGCGGGCGAACUCUGUCGAGUAUAUCUUCGACAGGUUGACCCGAUCAUCAAGAUUCUCCAUCGGCCAACCCUCAGCAGAUGGAUGGUACAGGGGGAGGAAUAUCUGGCACACUUGGACUCCCAUACAUCGGCUGAGGCUCUGAGCUCGGCAGUUUGUUACUCGGCGGCUUGCUCUAUGACUGAAAACCAGUGCUUGACACUGUUUCAUACUAGCAAGGCCAUCCUCGUGGCAGAUUGCCGGAGUGAAUGUGAGGCUGCACUUGAGAAGUCCUGCGUCCUCUCAACCAAGGACAUCACUGUCCUACAGGCGUUUGUCCUGUAUCUGGUUGGGAGGAGAGCAGAAGAACGAAGUAGAGACGUAUGGACCUUGAUCGCAGUGGCUGUCAGAAUUGCAAAAUCCCUCUGCCUACAACCGGCUAGAAGGAAGGAACCGGGACAAGACGAGACCUUCUUCAACGAGCAGAUGCGAAAGAGGCUUUGGUUCGCCGUCUGUAUCAUGGAUCUCCAGGCAUGUUUCGGACCAGCCUCUGCCCCGCUUACAGACCCAGAUGAUGCUGGAGAUUGGAUGGCACCAGCACACAUCAAUGACGGUGAUUUUGGGCCAACGACAAAAAACAAAAUCCCGGAUAGGGAAGAACUGACGGACAUGACGUUUGCGCUGGUCACCUACCACGCAAUGCCAAGUGGGCGCUUGACUAUAUCCUCUUUGCAAAGAGAGAAGAAUGUCGCCCAUCACAAUGAUGGCGAGAGUGGAGGAAUGGCGGCUUCGCCCACCACGACAGAGGCAGAUUCCCAGUUACAGCUCCUACAACGCUUCGAGACACAGGUGUUUACCCUCCUACGGUUUUGUGACCCAGAAUCAUCUCCAUAUGCUUGGUUCACAUGGCACAACACGCAGUGCUUCGUAGCAGCAUUGCGGCUUUCAGCCCUACGCCCACUGAAGCCCGAGGCCGGCCAAGCACCUCCCCAGCGCAUGGAAGAUCACACGGAGCUCCUGCGUCUAACGUUGACUGUCCUUGAGAAGGCGCGUCUGAUGCAUACAGAUACACGAGGAGAGGGAUUCCGCUGGUGCGUGAGCAUUCCAUGGCACACUCUGGCAAUUGCCUUUGCCGAGUGCUAUGUCUGUGAUGACACGGCCCUUUUGCGCCGUGUCUGGCCGCUGGUUGAGGCGUCGUACCAACGCCAUCGAGAUGCCAUCGCGAAACAUAACGACGGGGUGCUACAGGGACCCUUGGCAAAGUUAAUGCGCCGUACGCGUGAAAGGCUGGCUCUGCUCUUAGAAGCCGGUUGUGAUUCGGGAGAGAGUCCAUGUGAGAGACCAGUGGCAGACUUGACUAAGAUUUCAGACACCAUUCCAACUCCCAGCUCUGAACUGGCAACUGGGGCAGCGGCUGUCUUGUUUACACCGCCGCAGAUGUGGAACCCGACUCCGCUGUGCUUGGAAACCCCGUCUGAAAUGCCCACUGAUAUCCCUGUAGGCACGCCUCCCUCGAUGGACGUGUCGGAUCAGUCAUGGAGGAUGUGGGAGGAAUUUGUGGCUGGAAUCGCUGUCGAGGAGUUUGGAAGUCCUAGCAUGUUCCUAUAUGAGGACUUUAAUGACUGA